AUGGGCUCUCGAUUAGAAUCUGGUUCCAACGCCGUUCGGAAGAAGAUUGAGAACCAUGUAUUUGAUGGCGAAGACGGCGAGGAGUACGGUGCUUCCAGUUUUGGGGGCUUCGGAGAUUACUUUCGCCGCAAAAAGUUGAAAUUGCAGAAUCUGGACGCUGAGAUACGAUCGAGCUCGCCCAACAACCCCCCGAUUUUUCGAGGCGUGGUGGCACACGUAAAUGGCUACACCCAACCGUCUCUAAGUGACCUGCACCGACUUAUCGUCAGUCACGGCGGAGGUUUCCUCCAGUACUUGGAUGGCAAAACCGCGGCUACCCAUAUCAUCGCCAGCUCCCUGACUCCGAAGAAGCGCGAGGAGUUUCGAAAUUAUCGAGUUGUGAAACCAGCAUGGGUUGUGGAAAGCAUAAAUUCCGGACGACUGUUACCUUGGGAUUCAUUUAGGGUGGUCUCUGAAGCGGCUUCUCAAAAGGUUCUUCAGUUUCAUCAGGAUGGCCGGUUCACAAGCCAGAGCAGAAGCCAGUCAUCUAGUUAUCGUGACCAAAUGGAGACGAGUUGGUAUGGAUCUCGCCUUAUCCAGCAAGGCGUUGAUGCCAACACACAUGAGCCCAAUGCAGCCCCUACUCCCGAGCCCAAAACGGCAGAAGAGGGCGACGAUCUUUCUAAUACCGCAGAUUCUGUCAAUGAAGAUAAGUUAUACCAGGUAACUGACGGUUCAACGUUGGCUGAAGACACGGUUAUUCCAGACGAUUUCGGGCAAAGAACCCGCCAGGAACCUGAGCCGGAAACCAUACAUGAUGAAUCACGGCAACAAAAGUCAGAGAGUCGUAAGGAGCCGACAACAUCUGAAGAAUACAAUGCACAGUUGCUUUCAGCUCCACAUCUGCGAAAUUCGAGUGUAGCAAAUCCGGAUUUUAUAAAACAGUAUUAUCGGGAGUCUCGCCUUCACCAUCUUUCUACCUGGAAGGCUGAGUUGAAAGCAAAACUGCAGGAGGCCACACUUGCAAGGGCUUCCUCCCGUCGUACAGUCAAAACAAACGUUCCUGGGGCUCGAAGGUAUAUUCUUCACGUUGAUUUUGACAGUUUCUUUGCCGCCGUUUCCCUUCGGAAACAUCCCGAACUGGUGGAUAAACCAGUAGCCAUCGCGCACGGAACAGGAGGAGGGUCUGAAAUAGCUAGUUGCAACUAUCCAGCUCGGGCUUUUGGGAUCAAAAAUGGAAUGUGGAUGCAGGGUGCCAUGCAGAUGUGUCCUGACUUAAAAGUUCUUCCCUAUGACUAUGCUGGCUAUGAAGACGCUAGCAGGAGAUUCUAUGAAGCAAUACUUGAUAUCGACGGCAUAGUACAGAGCGUCAGCAUCGACGAAGCUUUGAUCGAUAUCACCAGGCUAUGUCUCGAUGCGGCGAGUUCUGACGGGAAGGGCAUAUCUGAAAGCUCUAUCUGGAGAGAACAAACAAAAGCAGACGAAAUCGCUCAGGGCUUACGUGAUUCGAUCAAGCGCAAAACUGGGUGUGAUGUAUCUGUGGGGAUCGGAGGGAACAUUUUGCAGGCCAAGCUUGCGUUGCGGAAAGCAAAACCAGCGGGUCAAUUUCAGCUCAAACCGGACGCUGUGCUUGAUUUCAUCGGAGAGUUCACUGUGCAGCAGCUGCCAGGAGUAGCAUAUAGCUUGGGAGGUAAGCUCGAAGAGCUAGGGGUCAAAUACGUCAAGGAUAUCCGCGAACUCUCCAAAGAAAGACUGAUUCAAAGCCUCGGGCCCAAAACGGGGGCUAAAUUGUGGGAUUAUGCACGAGGUAUUGAUAAUGCAGAGGUAGGGGACGUCGCACCUCGGAAGUCGGUGUCCGCAGAAAUCAAUUGGGGAAUCCGCUUCGUUACGCAAGCGCAGGCAGAGGAAUUUGUGCAAAGCUUGUGUGAUGAACUGCAUAGAAGACUUGUGGAAAACGGGGUCAAAGGGAAGCAGUUGACAAUGAGGAUCAUGCGAAGAGCAUUGGAUGCACCCUUGGAACCGCCAAAGCAUCUGGGACACGGAAAGUGUGAUACGUUCAACAAAAGCAUAAUGCUCGGCGUCGCCACCAAUGCCAGUGAAUCACUGGGGCGAGAAGCUAUCUCGGUUCUCAGAGGUUUCAAUUUCUCGCCUGGCGAUCUGAGAGGACUGGGCGUGCAAAUGACUAAACUAGAGCCCGUGAAACCUGAUGCUGCUCCUGGUGCGCAGAGUAGCCAGCGUCAAUUGAACUUCAACGCGUCGAGUCCCCGAAAGCGACCUUUUACACCCGAUUUGGAUGAAAUAACUACACCAAGAAAAGCAGAGUCGCACAUCGCGAUACAAACCGCACCGAUCUUGAAUGAUGAAUUGCAGAAACCGCUGAAUAUCACCGGUACUCAGUUUAUCCUGCCUUCUCAAGCCAAUUCUCAGGUUCUCGCCGAGCUGCCUGGAGAUAUUCGGUCAAAAUUUGUUUCUAUGAACAAGCGCCAAAAGCUUGAUAAAGUGGAAAACCCUCCCAAGAGCUCUUCGCGGCCCCAGACUCCUCUUGGGCUGCCUCCCCAGUCGCAGCUUGAUCCAGAGGCUUUAGAAGCCCUACCAGAAGAUGUACGUACAGAGAUACUGGGGUACUAUCAGCAAUCCCCCCAAACGCCUACGCGCCAUGGGUCGCCAGAGUCAAGUAAGAUCCGGCCGAAGACUAGCCUUACCCCCACAAAGACUCGGGCUGGUAGAGGUCGCGGCAGGCAGAUUGGCAGUAAGUCUGGAGGAAACUCCAGCCUCACUCAGUCGAAUUUUGUUGUGGCUCGGCCAUCUUCAUCCACGGGAGCUGCAGUAGGCGAGAGCCCUGGCGCGCCGUCGUUUGUCGAGGAAUACGCGGAGGAUAAUAUCUCGGAGGAGUUUCUCUCAGCGUUACCGGAGGAUAUCCGUCGCGAAGUCAUAGAAGAACAUAAACGCUCCCGUCUUCAAAAACGGGCGGGACUCAAUUUACCCGCUACCCGCAAAUCCACGUCGAGCAAACCUACCGAUCGCCCACCAGAUCAAAAGGUACUCGAAUUCCCCCCUCAGCCGCCAAAGCCGACGUUCACUUCUCGGAAGCUCUCUUCGCUUCCAGAACUUCGCGAAGCGUUGAGUGAGUGGUACGAAUCGUUUAAAACCGAGGGGCCUUUUGAGGAGGACGUAAAUGCGCUUACUAGGUAUUUGAAGCGCGUGGUCCUUGAAGAAAGAGACGUGUCCAAGGCUGUUGCCGUGACCCAGUGGUUUGGCUGGUUACUAGACCAGGACGCAAGCGAUAAAGACCAUGCGUUGGAGACAGUGAAACUUGGCUCCAGCGGCCAACAGCCGUUAGAUGCCUGGAUCUCUGCUCUCCAGAAGAUUCGCAGCGAUGUGAACGAUGCUCUGGGGGAAAGGGGUUUACCUCCAGUUGAAUUUACAUGA